AUGGCACCCCCGGUCCCGAUGUAUCAUUUCGGUAAUCCAUCUUCCUUCCCGCGCCCUUUCGUCAACCUAGCUCAGCAGUCUCACCCCCUUCCACAGCCCCAAGCUGCCGUUGUUGUCCCAACUCCCAGAUCAACCAACGUUGAUGAUGUUCGCAGUCAAGAUGGUCUCCAAUUGCUGAGAAAUCCUACCUCCGUCCUCGUCACUGUGGGCAAUACCAAGGCCGCGACCACCUGGAGCAUCCCAAAGAAUCUGCUCACGCACCAUUCGGCCUUCUUCAACACCAUCGUCCAGGACAACAAAGUCGCCCUUCCCGAGGACGAUCCAGAUACCUUUGAGCUUCUCGUUCAGUGGCUGUAUGCGGGUGGACUCAACACCGUCGCCACAAGAUCCGAGCCGUAUGUCAAAGCCUGGAUCCUGGGGGACAAACUGAAAUGCCUCACCUUCCGGGACCACGCAAUGCUUCAGAUACUCCAUUGCCACAAGCGAGGCGACUUUCCCGAACAGCCAAUAAGCCCAGAAAGCGUGCGACUCGCCUUCGGCCAGACACAACCGGAAUCGAAGCUGCAUCUGGGAACUAUGUCAGGUCGGAGCGAGGUAUGGGUCCCUGUGCUUGAAGAGAUGCCAGAUCUCGAGAAGGAAACGGCACGUGCAUUGAUGAGAUCCGGUGAGCGGGGUAUCCAGAAUCCGUAUACGCAGGGCCAGAAGUACUUGGAAGUCUUGAAGCACGCAGACUUUUGCGAUCCUCUUUAG